AUGGCCUUCUGGUCCAAGACCAAAGAGAACUCCAAGGUCGGCUUUGACAAGGUCUACAACCUGGUCGACAAACUGGGUGCGCCUGUCAACCGCCUGUCCAACAAGAUCGGCUCUGAAGCAUUCUGGCCAACAACGCUCGACAUCGAGUCCGACAAGGCUGCGCGUAUCUUGAAGAGUUUCUGCAUCUCUGACUCUAGUGCAGAGGAUGGAUACUACCAAGAAGAAGACCGCCCGCCGGUCGAGGGCAUUCCAAAGGGAAAACAGCGAGUACUCAAAAAGAUCCCGACCACUGUAAUCAAGAACGCAAAAGGCCUUUGCAUAUUCACGACUAUGCGAACCGGCCUCUGGGUCAGCGGGUCAGGCGGCGCCGGCGUUCUCGUUGCCAGGAAACCAGAUGGCACCUGGUCACCACCAAGCGGCAUAAUGAUGCACACGGUUGGUGUUGGGUUUCUUGUAGGGGUCGACAUCUACGACUGUGUCAUCGUCAUAAACUCGGACAAGGCGCUCGAAGCAUUCCAGUCCAUCCGGUGCACACUGGGUGGGGAGAUCAGUGCAGUAGCUGGUCCUGCUGGAGUCGGUGGAAUCCUCGACACCGAACUGCACAAACGCCAGUCGCCCCUAUUUACGUACAUCAAGUCGCGCGGCUUCUAUGCGGGUCUACAGCUCGACGGUACCAUCGUCAUCGAACGGACAGACGAGAACGAGCGCUUCUAUGGCGAGCGCAUCGGGGUCAAAGACAUCUUGGCCGGGAAGGUCCGCCACGCUCCGUACGAAGUCCGGAGAUUGAUGGAGACUCUCAAAGCUGCUCAAGGCGACACGGAUGUGGACGAGUCUCUAAUACCGGACGAAGCACCACCCGCGGAUUACGAGGUCACAGCGCCAGACGACAAAGCUUUCGGUAUCCCUGCGAAGGAAGACCCCGAUCCGUUUGGCGUGCUAGCGCUACAGGACGCUGGUUUCGAAAUCAAGGAAGCAGGCACGCACAAGAGGCCGACAAGUGAGCAAUUCGAGUUCAAGCCAAGCCCGACAAGCCCAAUAUACGCGACAUUCAGGAGAAGCAUGGACAACCGAUCGAGCAUAGCUAUGAGCAGAAGAUCUAGCUGGCGCACUAGCACUAUCAGCAGUGUGCUCGAACCACGCACACCGAGUAUUAUGAUGGACACGAGCACACAGACCGACGAUCUGCCCCCACCACCCAAGAAAAUGCCACCCACGCUGCCACCGAGACAGAGCAUAGCUCGCCUACCGACGCCUCCGAUAAUCGAGACCCUGCAGCCAAAGGUGGAAGUGACUGAACCGCCAGCAGAGAAGACUGAAGCGGAGAAGAUUCUGGAAAGGGCGAUAGCCGAGUCGCAAGGAUUGAACACAACCGACCCGAAGGCAUCUAACGAGGUCGGCUCGGACGACGAUGACGAGGGAGACGAGGAUGAGGAGGAAGAAGAGCCUGUUAUUAUUCAUGAAGUCCACCAGGCUGCUGCACCUCAAGUCGUUACCCGUGCCCGCGUCGUGCAGGUCGCGAAGCCGAUGCCCCCGCAGCUUCCUAUUAGAAGUCCACACCGUCCCAAUCGAAUUUCUACCGCCUCAGAAGCUUCGAGCGAGCGUGCGCACGAUGCUACCAACGGGCAAUCGCUUGCUGCCGAGAAGCAAAGCCCCAUCUCUACCCCGUCUCUCAGACACGGUGACUCGACAUCUUCCUUGUCAUCUGUCGAAGGCGCCAACCUUGACCACGUUGAAGAUAAGCUCUCGAACGAAGCAUCACCCGAGGCCGAGAAGAGGGUGGAGAAGAAAGAUUACCUGCAAUCUUCCCCACCUUCUCCUCUUAAGACUGUCCCAGGCAGUUUCGAGUGA